AUGUACUGAACUUUGGAGCGGAACAUGAAGGUAUUUAGACAGUUGGGAAAGAUUUCUGCCUGAAGGGAAAAAUCACAGAGAAAAUGGUGAAGAUUUAUCCCAUUAUUUUGAUAUGCAGUUUGCUGCUAGAAACCUGGCUUUCUUCUGAAGCUUCAGUGUUUCUGCCGAGGGAUCUGGCGGGCUCUCUUUUAAAGAGACAGAAACGCUAUAACACAGGUAGAUUAGAGGAGAUGAUGAAGGAUAAUUUGGAGAGGGAAUGUUAUGAAGAGCGCUGCAAUCUAGAGGAGGCCAGAGAGGUUUUUGAAGACCAGGAAAAAACUAUGAAAUUCUGGAUCACUUAUAUGGAUGGAGACCAGUGUCAGUCAUCCCCCUGUCAGAAUGGAGGGAAAUGUGAGGAUGGGAUGAACACAUACACCUGCUGGUGUCCAGCCCGCUUUAGUGGGAAGAACUGUGAGUUAGAAAUGGCAAAACAGUGUAAAGUAAAUAAUGGAGGCUGCAUGCACUUCUGCAGUGUGGAUAAAAUUUAUGGUGCUGUGUGUGACUGUGCCAGGGGUUACAGACUGGCUCUGGAUGGCAGGACUUGUGAACCUACAGGGCAGUACCCAUGUGGACGUCUUGGAGCGAAUAUUGCUGAAACACUUAAGACAAGGUCUCUUAUCAGUGCCGAGAAUGGAAAUCAAAGUCUCUCUCUCAAUCACAUCAAUACAACAGAGUCCAGUCCUACAGAUCUUCCUGAUGUGAACGGGACUAGCACACCUCAGCCUACACUGGAAAACAUCACCUCAUUCUUUCCCACUCAGGCCUCCAACACUGGAAAUCGUAUUGUAGGAGGAAGCGAGGCAACACCAGGGGAGAUACCAUGGCAGGUGGUUUUUAUGGAAAAGGUGAAUAAGAUUGCAUUUUGUGGCGGCUCUCUCCUCAGUGAUGAAUGGGUCAUUACAGCUGCCCACUGUGUUGAAGGAAAGGUGGGAUCUUUCUUCAUCAGAUUGGGGGAGCAUGAUGUGUCAAAGAAUGAGGGAAGAGAGAGUGACUACGGCAUAGAGGAGUACCAUAUCCAUCCAAGUUACAACUCUCAGCGGAGUCUUUACAAUCAUGACAUCGCCCUGUUAAAGCUCAAGGGACCCGCCAAAUUCUCUGACUACGCCCUGCCCAUCUGCCUGGGCUCGAAGGACUUCACAGAGAACUUGCUCAGGAGUGCAGAAAACUCCCUGGUGAGUGGCUGGGGGAGGCUACGGUACGGGGGCGUGGAAUCUAAAACACUUCAGAAAGUAGAGCUCCCCUACGUGGACCGGACCGAGUGCAAAGGCAGCAGCACCGACACCGUCUCCCGCUUCAUGUUCUGUGCCGGUUACAGUAUGAUACACAAGGAUUCCUGUCAGGGGGACAGCGGCGGACCCCAUGCCACCCACUAUCAGAACACAUGGUUCCUCACGGGAAUCGUCAGCUGGGGCGAGGAGUGCGCUAAAGAGGGAAAGUAUGGCAUCUACACCCGUGUAUCCAAAUAUAUGAACUGGAUAAGUAACAUUACUGGCAUCAGAACAGGACAUAUGUCCAAUACUGAUCAACAAAAUGGGAAUUAAAUUAGGCCGUUGUGUGACUUACAAAUGAGUAGAUGAUGGAAGCAAUCAGAAUCAACAAAAGAGAAAUGAUAUGCAAAUGCUAUUAACAAGUAACAAGUCUCAGUUAGCCUAAUGCAGUACUCUUAGCAAGGUUUUUUUAAAUCAUAUAAUAAAGAAAGAAAGAAAGAAAUGAAAAAAAUUAAAAUAAAAAGAUAGAAUAGGAAAAGAAUAGAGCAAGCUAGUGUUAGAGGCCUUUUUUGCUUUUGUUAAUUGUAUAAUAAAUAAAAAAGAAAACAGAUAAAAUACGUAAAGAUUAGAGAAGCUAAAGCUAGUUUCAUUUUUAGUAUCAUACAAAUACAUGUCAGAAUGAAUUAGAGCUCACAGAUCAUUUUGUACAGAUGAUAUUUACUAGUCAUCAUUCAACAGACAUACUGUAACAAUCAAGAAAAAAAUAUAGUUUUCCAUUACACUUUGUGCUUGUACAUGUAGUGAAAUUAUUUUCAUACAUGAUAUACAACAAAGCAGUAUGAGUCACGUUCAUCUUUGUAACUCUGUACAUAUUAUACACUAGAAGUGUAUGGCUUUAAGAAGUGCACUUCAAACUGAGUACACAUGAACCCAUUCAGACCACUUUUCUCCUCCCUUAUCGAGCCCUCUUUUAAACUAAUGACAUGCAAAUGUACACGACUUUUUAAAAGUUUGGGGUCAUUUUUAAACUGUUUUAUAAUACAAUUUAAUUUAUUCUUGUGAUGACAAGCUGAAUUUUCAGGAGUCAUUCCUCCAGUUUUCAGUGUCACAUGAUCCUUAAGAAAUUAUGCCAAUAUGCUGAUUUGGUCUCAAGACACAUUUCAUAUUAUCAGUGCUGACAAAAUAUAAUGUUUUGUGAAAACUAUGAUUUUAUCCAGCAUCCUUUGAUGAAUAGAAAGUUCAGUAAACAGCAUUUAUUUGAAAUAGAAAUAUGUAUCAGUGCCUUUACUUUCACUUUUAAAAUCAAUUUAAUGCAUCCUUUCUGGAUAAAAGUAUGCAUUUCUUUUCAGGAAUGUUUUUUUUUUUUUUUUAAUCUUACUGACCCCAAACUUUUAAAUGGUACUGUAUUUAUUCAUUGCAGUUUUUAAUGAGGUUAGCUAAUGUACAUUCAUCGUAAUGGUUUCUAAGCAAUUAACAAAAGUUAAAUGCACAUUGUGAGUGCAGGAAGUUUGACAGAGAAAAAGUUAUUAGAUCGAACAAGUUUACAGUGGAAGUUAUAAUGAUGUAUACCACAAAGUUUUAUUUCAAUGACAAAAACUGACCCAAAAAUGGUGUAAGUGAUUAAAAAAUGGAUUUAUAAAUCAAAAUGAAUUAUGCUGUUUCUACAGUAAAUCUGUACAAAACACUUUGAAAUCUAAGAAAAUUUGCUAAGUAGCCCAGAACAGCCAUAUCUGAACUGGAUUUGGAAGUUUUCACCUCACACUCUCUGAAAUAAAAUAUUUCUCUUAAAUAUUUAUUGGAGAAAUACCAAAGUAAAGUCAGAGUAAUAAAAAAGAGGAAUUAGUGUCAACCUGGUUGGUUUUGGAAUGGAUUGUUAGGUUUUGGCACAUAAACUAGAUACUAAUGUUUAGUUUAUCUUUCAUUCUUUGUAGCACUGCUAUCCAUUCCAGCACUAAAAUGGCUUUUUAAAACAAGUAUCCAACCACUGUACCUAUCCGAGGAGAGGAAGAAAUUGUUUGCUAUUCUCUCAAGCCAGUGUACAUUACACCCCAUGCCAUAAACCGUCUUGUUUUUAAUAUAUACUAAAACACUGCGCUAACUACACAAAUACAUGUUUUAUAUCAUUAUAUGGCACAGCAUGGUGAUGGUACUUUCCAGGGAUGAGGUGGAUCAGUGUAAAGUGCUUUGCAAAUCUCUUUUUAUUUCCAGAUGUAUUGUUGUAGUUGUGGUCAUUGGCUCAUUCGAGGGACCUUUUUGUCUUUAAAUCCAGUAUAAUCCAAAAUCCCCACUGAUGGCAGAUGGAAACUUUCUCUCAACUAGGUAGCUCUGUUUUUCUGACUUGGUGUUUGUUUGUGUGCUUCAGGUUGGCGUGACUGAGCUCAGUCCUGAAUGAUAGUAAUGGCCUUUAGGGUUGUCACAUGGUGUGAGCUUUGUGUACAUCUGGUUUAUGUACUUAGGUGUUGCUGGGCUUCCUGCUGUUUAUAUUUCCCGUACCUAUGAGACAACACCGGACUGCUUUAGAGAAAGAAAAGCUUCUACUGCAGUAGAUCUGAUCAAAUAAACAUAUAUUCAACAUG